UCAGCAGCGUUUAUAUUGUCUAGAAGUUUCUCUAUUCUUCUUAUUACAGACUUUUCUACUGUACUCAAAUUGGCUAUUAAAACGCCAAAUGGGGGAUUCUUGUCAAAAAUAUGGUAUUUGCCAAAUUGAAUAUAUCAUACAAAAUGCAGUACAAAUUGGAUCUUAAGGCUAAUUGACCAAAGGUACUAAAUGACCCAAUGUGUCAGUUAGGCUUAAGAUCCAAUUUGUACCGCAUUUGUUAUAAUAUAUUCAAUUUGACAAAUAACGUUUUUGACAUGAAUCCCCCCAUUUGGCCUUUGAAUAGACAACUUGAGUACAGAAGAAAAGUCAGUAAUAAGAAUAAAGAAACUUCUAUAGAAAGUAAACGCGACUGAAAUAGACAUUGUUUUCAAUAAAACCUGUAUUAAUGAAGGUCUUCUUUCAGCAAAUAAUAAUAAUAAUAAUAAUAAUAAUAAUAAUAAUAAUAAUAAUAAUAAUAAUAAUAAUAAUAAUAAUAAUAAUAAUCACUACAGUAUCACUACUAAUAAUAAUAAAAUUACGAAUUAAAACACUGAUGAAAGCCAAACGUGAGGUUUUAAUAAUAAUAAUAAUAAUAAUAAUAAUAAUAAUAAUAAUAAUAAUAAUAAUAAUAAUAAUAAUAAUAAUAAUAAUAAUAAAUGGAAAAGACGAGUAUCUAGAAAUCCUUUCACGAAAGACAAAACAGAACCAACAAAGCGAAAUAUGGCAUCAAUAAACUUUAGAAAUAUAAAAAAAAAAAAUAGUCUGGCGUAAGUACAUAAGAGAAGAGUAUUAGACGGGGGAAAAUUAGUCUCCCGAUCCCAGCUGAAGUGAGAGGAUGUUGGGGGUUUCGAUUUCUGAGGAUUCCUUGGGAUUCCUUGGACGAGGCUCCGAUUCUUCACAAGGAGCCUCAGCGGCGGCGUUUCCAGGAACACUCGGAGGCUGUCUUUAAAACUCGCUAAAGAAGAAGAAGAAGAAGAGGAAGAGGGAAGACGCAGAGAAGCAAUAAGAUGAAGAAGUAUUCUCUGGAGACGAGCCAAGAACGAUGAGGACCUUGAAGGAAUCCCGGGGGCGUCGCUGGAGUCUUCCUCGGGAACGGAUUCUUCUUCGCUUCCAGAAGCGCGAUCCUUCGCCUCCUCCGGAUACGAAUUGAGACGUGGCAGAAUUCAAAACCAGCCUCGGAGAAACCUACAGCAUCAGGUUAACAUUAGCAGAAUGUUUCCCAUCGUACAAGUAAUAUCUUUGUAUGUGCUCAUCUUCGUCGCAAUUGAACUAUACUGCUUACCCUGCGGUCACGCAAUGAACGGACGCUUUCUGGGAGACCUUCCUCAUGUCGGCAUCGUCGAGUCUUGGACCCCAGAGGUCGUGGAAACACGACCACCCAACGGCAUCGGCAUUGAGACGUCGGUCCCCGCCAGCGCCAUCCCCUGGAUGGCCUUGAUGGCGGUGGUUGUCCCGGCGUUGCUGGCUGUUGUUGUUGCUUGCUGGAGGCGGAAACUCAUUGGAACCGAUGCCCUUGAUCGUGAGGAGGACGACCUGGAAGUGCCAACCCUGGAACCAGUUCUUCUGACCGAAGAUCUGGAAAGCUCUGAGGAGGAGGAGGAGGAGGAGGAGGUAGAAAUUGACAAUCCUGAUGACGAAGAGGAGGAAUUCAACAACCCUGAUGAUGAUGACGAGGAGGACGAUGACGAAUUCAACAACCCUGAAGAUGACGAGGAGGAGGAGGAUUAUGAAGACGAACAACAACUUGACAACUUUGAGAAUGAUCUUGACAACUCUGAGGAUGAUGAUGAUGAGGAGAAGGAGGAGGAGGAAGAAGAAGAAAAGGAAAUUUUGGAAACUGAGGAGCUCGAACCCACCGAGGAAGAGGCGAAGGAGGAGGAGGAGGAGGAGGAAAAAUGCGAACCGAAAGACACCACCGAAGAAGACCAACUGGAAGACGAAAGAAAGAGGUUAGCCGAGGACCUGGAAGCCAGUGAAGUUCACGCAGGAAAACUGGAAAGUCUGCUGAACGAGGCUAAUAACGAGAUUGCACGACUUCGAAACCAAAUACUGGACAAGGAGAUUCUCAUAGGAAAGAAAGCAGCUGCAGAAACAGAACUGAAAGGAGAAGUGGACAAAUUGAACAAUGAAAAGGAACAGCUGCAAUCUGAAAACCAAAAGCUGGAAGAAUAUGCUGAGUUGGCUACAGGCCGAGCUGACAUCAUGGACAGCUUACACCAAGAACUGCUGGAUACCGUAACGUCUCUGGAGACUCAGCUGGAGAAGACAGAUCACUUGCUGAAGAAGAGAAAAGACGAGGAAAGUGAACUACGAAGCUUCUUCCAGCAAAUUAUGGAUGACAAAGAAACAGAACUGGAGAGCGCUUUGCACAAGGCAAAUGAGCUCGAGGAGAGAAAUUGUGAGCUCGAGCGAAAUCUCGCAAACGAGAUGCAAAGAAACGUCAGCCUUCAGAAUGAGGCCCUGAUGCUAAAAGACCGAGCUCAGUCUUUAGAGUCAGCGCUGCUCCAUAAGGAAUCUCGACUGGACUCUGCAACAGAAGCUCUCAACAAUGAGAGAGCGAAAAAUGACAUCACCUGUGCAGAACUUCAAGUACUGAGGAACUGGGUCACAGAAUUAGGAGGUGAAAAUGCUGUGAUUAAGGAAGAUUUGAAGGAUAAAUGUCUGGAUAUUACUUUACUCAGGAAAGACUUAGGAGACGAACAAGAGAAGACCCAGAUUUUAAAGGAAGAAGUCCAGCUACUGAAGAAAUGGGUCUCGGAAUUAGGAGGCCAAAAUACCAAUCUUAAAGAAGACUUAGAAGAAGCCCUCCUGGAAGUGACCACACUCAAGAACUCGCUGUCAAAUGAGAAAAGGGAUGCUCUCCAUUGCAGAAAGGAGAUGGAGAUCUUACUGGAAGAGGAAAAGACAAGAAAAGAAAAACUAGAAGUUGCCCUCCAUCACGCAAAGGAGCUGGAGACAGAAAGGAGUGAAAUGAGACUGCUUUUCCAGGAGAGGCUAAAAGAAAAAGACAAUGAGAGAAAGAAGCUACAGGAACGGACGGAACAGCUGCAGCAGAACUUGGAGAGUGCCAAGCAUGAACAGCAUAACUUGGAGCGCUCUUUAAAACAUGCAGAAAGAGAGCUCUCGUCUUUGAAGAGGGCAGAAAGCAUAAACCUCCAUGAACUGGAACAACUUGGGAAAGAAUGUGAAAGUUUGAGGGAAAAGUGUAGGAUACAGGAGGAGAAUAUAAUUAAAGAACGACAACGUGUCAGGGACCACCUAAGGACACAGCAAGAAGAACUGAGGAAUCAGGAUAAGUACAUGCUAAUGGCACUCCUCCAUGGGACUGCUCAAAGGAACUUCCAUCUGGAACACAUUGAACUGGAACGAAGAAACAACAGCGAAGACAUGGAUCCACAAAACUGUGCUGAAACAAGAGAUGGAAGUAAAGACCAUGUCAAGGAUGAGGACCUACAUGACCAAGUGAGGAGAGUAGAAGAGGAACAGUACGUAAAGUACUCUAAUGCCCAACAAGAAAAGAAGGACUAUGGAAAACAGUGGGAAGCCCUAACGCAGAUGGUGGAGGAUCUUAUUCAGGGAGAUGAACAAAAAAAUUGCUAAGGAAGCAAUAAAAUGAACUUGUGGGUCCAAAACCAAAAGGCCUAAUCCGAAGCAGCAGUUUAGGAAGAACAGACAGCACAGGUGAUCACGAUGCCAGCCAGCAGCAGCUGAUGUAGGAAUUUUGACUGGCUGUGCAACAGGGAGGCUGCAGGCCUCAAGACAUUCCAAAUGGCUGUGUGGAUGAGCCACAGGAUGACUUGAUGAUAGCGUCGUCGAUGCACCUCUGGCGGCAUGGGAGGGACUCCAAGAUCCUUCAUAGGUUCCUCUGAAGGUGUUCCCCCACAUCUUCCGAGGUUCCUCUGAAGGUGUUCCCCCACAUCUUCCGAAGUUCCUCUGUAGGUGUUCCCCCACAUCUUCUGUGGUUCCUCUGAAGGUGUUCCCCCACAUCUUCCGAGGUUCCUCUGAAGGUAAUCCCCCACACCUCUCGAGGUUCUUCUGAAGGCGUGUCAGGGGUUUCUCCCUAGCUGCCUUUGGUGUGCGUUCGACAAUGCAGUCGUCAGGCCAGUCUGUGACCCAUUCAUUUGGCUUUUGGAGUUGUCUGGAUAUUGUUGGUCAAGCUUCUCUCCUUAUAGAAAUCAGUAGCAGUCAUAACCACUUGGAUAUCUGCCCACCUUUUGGAUGGUGGCCCGUGUCCUCAAGGAAUUCAGUAGCAGUCAGGUCCACUUCUAAUCAGAAACAGUCAAGUCCAGUCCAAUUCAGUUGCAUUCAGGUCCAAUCAAGGAUUGGGUAUACCAGUUCAAGAAAAAGGCUACUUAGCCUCUGUCAUCGAAACUAGAUUUCUGCCCACCUUUUGGAUGGUGGCCUCUUUCCUUAAGGAAAUCAGUUGUAGUCAGGUCCACUUCAGGGUUGGGUAUACCAGCUCGAGACAAAGGCUACAUAGCCUCUGUCAUUGAAACUGGAUUUCUGCCCACCCUUUUUGUUGGUGACCUCUUU